UGGCUGCAAGCGGAAUCCAAAUAGAAAUAAAGAUGUUAUUCCUGCGGCGAUUUUACAGCAAAUCCGGACGUAUAGCCCAGAUAUCCAGGUCGAAGAAGCCAGGAGACCCUUUCAGCGUGCAGGGCUGGAUCAAAAACGUACGCCGGCUGAAGAACAACACAUUUCUGGACGUGAAUGAUGGAUCCACGAGCAGCAGAUUCCAGGUGGUGGUGCCCAGGACUCCGGAGAAUCAGCAUCUAGCUCCGGGCAGCGUCAUCUCGGCGGUGGGUCAAAUCCAAGUGUCCCCGAAUGGCAGCUUUGAGUUGCAUGCGGAUCGGGUGGAAAUGUUGGCUGAAGGACACCUGCAGGAUGGCUAUCCCUUCAGCCCCAAGCAGAAACAUCCACCGGAAUAUGUCCGCGAGCACUUGCAUCUCCGUUCCCGCGUCGAUUUCGUGGCCGCCCAGAUGAGGAUCAGGCACAAGGCCCAGAAAGCCAUUCACGACCACAUGGAUGAGCUGGAUUUCGUGCAGAUCAACACUCCCCUGCUGACCACCAACGAUUGCGAGGGAGCGGGGGAGGUGUUCCGGGUUCAGCCGGACUCGGAAGCUCUGCUCAAGCAGAUGGCCAGGCCAAAUGUUCCCGUGGAGCAGAGCUACUUCGAUGGCAAGGUAUUCCUCAGCGUCUCCGGGCAGCUGCACCUGGAGGCCAUGACCUACGGCCUGGGCAAUACAUACACCCUCUCGCCAGCCUUCCGAGCGGAGAACUCCAAGUCGCCACUGCAUUUGGCCGAGUUCUACAUGUUCGAAGCGGAGUUGGCCCAUUUGGAAGAUUUGGAGAAGUUGGCGGGGUUCAUUGAGCAGAUGCUAAAGGCUGUGACAAACCGCCUGCUGGAAACGAGCCCCGAGGAUCUCCGUUUCUGUCAGAAGAACUCGAACUCCAGCUCUGAUUUGCCUUGGUUACAAGUUCCCUGGAAGAUAAUGAGUUACGACGAAGCUUUGCAGGUUCUGCAGGAAAACAAGGAUAGCCUAAAGACUCCCAUAAGCCUGAAUGAGGGCUUCUCCAAGGACCAGGAACUGUUUCUAGUGGCGCACUGUGCUGCUCCCGUUUUCGUUGUGGAUUGGCCUGCUCAGCAAAAACCCUUCUACAUGAAAGUCUCCCGAACGAAUCCAAAUAGGGUUCAUGCUUUGGACCUCCUGAUGCCAGCCGUUGGCGAAUUAUGCGGCGGAAGUCUGCGUGAAAGUGAUCCAGCGAUAUUAAAAUCCCAUCCGCAACUGCCAAAGGAUCUUUCUUGGUACGUUGACCUGCGAAAGUACGGAGGAAUUCCCACCGGAGGAUUCGGCAUGGGCUUUGAGCGUUACUUGCAGCUCAUCACGGGCGUUAAGAACAUCCGGGAUGUGAUACCCUUUCCCAGGUAUCCGCACAGCUGCAAAAUGUGAUUUAAAUACGG